AGAAAAAAAAAGAAAAAAGAAAAAAAAAAAAAAACACAAAAAGAACUUCAUACAUAAAACAAAGAUGAACGAACGGUCAACAGGAACAACCAACAACAACAACCACUUCAACAUCAUCCAUCCAACACCAACAACAACAAACCAACAACAACAACAACAGCAACUUCCAAACAGCAACUUCCAAUCAACUCCAACCAUGGCACAACAACAACAACAACAACAACAACAUGCACCACCACCACUCUGUCGAGCAAUCUCACCACCCACACCAGCACCAUCCCCACAACCUGACUCAGACAAGGAUCACAACUGGGCAUUCAACUCACCACCACCAGACCAUCAACUACCAAACUCACUCCUACAAGCAUUCAGCUCACUCAGUCUCCUCAACCGAUCAAAGUUCCUAAACUCACUCCUGCCCAUCCUCAACCUCAACGAACUCACUAACCUCUCAGCCAGGAUCCUACCCCGUCUCAAACGUGACUUCCUACGCGAACUACCCAUCGAGAUCUCUCUCCACAUCCUCAGCUUCGUAGAUGACCCAAAGACACUCAUGAGAGCUGGCAUGGUCAGCCGAUUCUGGAGAUCACUCGUCAGCGAUGAGACCACCUGGAAGGGAAUGUGCUGGAAACGUGGCUUCAAUAAUGAUGGCACCCAAUCCGGUAUACCACUCAGUCUGGCAGAGAGGAUGGAGAAGGAGAGGAAGGGAAGAGUGGCUACCUACCGAGCAGGCGUAGAAGAGCGUCGAAGGAGAAAGAAAUCAUCAUCCAACAGGCACGAUCAACAACUACCUCAAUCUCAAUCAUCCCGUCACUCCCAUCAUCAAACAAAUCCACCAAAUCAGUCCAUCCAUCAACACCUUCCAUUCCGUCAAUCCGAUCAUCACCCAUCACGUCAGUCCUCUCUUGGAAUCUCCUCUCAGCCUUCCAACACCACCACUGCUGGCCUAGGUCUAGGCACCACCACCACCACCACCACCACUAGUGCUUUGGCUCUGAGUCAAUCAAUCAAUCCUGAACCUACCCCUACCAACAAUCCAACCGAGUCAGCCUCCUACCUCACUGCUCACAGCAAUCCUGGGCCUCCUAUCCUCAACAAUCGCCUCAAUCAACUACCCAUCUCAAGGCGAAACAGCUUCAAUGAUCUUCUCACCUCACCCCGUCUCGAUCAACUCACCAUCUCCAACAAUUCCUCUGCCUCACUAACCCCUCUAGCCGGCCUCUCUACUAGCACUCUCCACCAGAUCCAACGUCCCUCCCCCCUAGCAUCUCAACCUAUCUCCGCUCAAGAUUCAUCCAUCACGCCGGCUAUCAAGCAGCCUCACAAGGUCAUCAAUGCUAAUUCCCCUCAACCUGGUAUGGUCGCCCCUACCGAUGCCACUUCCCCAAGAAGGACCAGGCCUCAUUCGAUGCCCGUCCUGGGUCUCAGCUUCAACUUGACCCGCUCUGUCUCUGCGUUUGCCGAUCUUGACCAUGACCCGUCAACAAACACCACCGAUCGAGAAUCCAUGGAUGACCAUCUGGGUAGCAGUAACAGUCAGACAACGAGUUACAUCCCUGAUCAUCCUGAUUCGGCCGCUUGGACGCCCGGUAGCGUCGGUCCCACCGAGCUACCCCAAUCGGCUGCCUCGUUUUACGACGACUUCGAAUACUCCCCCCGCACUCCGUUCUCCUAUAAAUCAUACUUCAAGCGAGCCUAUCUGACCGAAUCCAACUGGUUACGUGGACCCGGCGAGCUGAUUGCCAUGCAAACCUCACAGAACAAUGACGGCCACGAAGGCGUUGUCACCUCGCUCGGGUUCGACGACGAUUGGAUUGUCGUCGGAAUGGCAACCAGCAAGAUCCAUGUCUUCAACGCCCAUACCGGCGAAUUUACUCGGACCCUUACCGGCCACGAACUCGGCGUCUGGUGUCUAGCUCUCGUCAGUAAAGGCGGGAUCCGUGACCCGCGAGAUCCAUUACCAGAAGACGCAAAGGGCAAGAAAGCCGAGUCACACUUGGAAGAUGACUUCCAACUUCCAGGAGGCAGAUACCCUCCUGCUCACACCAGUGGUCUCUUUACAGCUGCAGAAGAAUCCUCACCGUCAUCGGCCCAUGCUCCAAGCACUGAAUGGAUUUCGUCGGCGUACCAUCCCUCGAGCUAUGCAACUAACAUGAUGCGUGGUCAUGGCGGCUUGGGUAUGAACUCAUGGACACGCGAGCGACACGGCAGUCAAGACACCACCGUUCGAGGCCGUACUCUCCCAGCCACCGACAUGAGUUCCAUCUUUCAACCCGCCUCGGCCAACAUGACGCUAGAUGAGCCAGCCGCCCCCAUGCCUCUUCCGGCCACGAUGGCCCCGCAGGAAUGGCCAAGCUCCAACGAAAACCACUCGUCUGGCGUCCUCCAAGCUGCCGCACCCUUACCCUCGUUCUCUCGGAUCCCGCAGGCGCCGUCAUCCGCAUCCGAUCCGAACAGUCUGUCGGCCGAUCUCCGCCAACAACAGCCGGGCAGCUCUGCAAGGAUGAGCUCCCAGACCCCCGUCGGUCGACCCGCGGCCCCACGGAUGGCUCCACUUGGGUUUGACUAUCGUCGACCACGUCGGCCUUCGUCCUUCAGCUCAUUCAUGACUUCCCACCCACAUGCCCAUUCUGAGGACUACAGCGCCCGUUCGGCCAGCCAUCAGACCCAAUACGGCACUCACGGAACCCCGGGUGGGAUGGGCUUGGGCGCAGGUGGUCCCUCCGCCGGGAACCUGCAACAAGCCAGUGCAUGCGGGAUUGCACGCGGAUGGGGACAGAAGGGCAGCCUGGUGGUCAGUGGAGGGUGUGAUCGAGAUGUUCGAGUAUGGGAUGUGAUGAGCGGACAAUGUAAGUUUGUCUUACACGGGCACAGUUCGACGAUCCGGUGUUUGAAGGUGCUCGAUGGCCGACCGAUUGCCGUCUCGGGCUCGCGAGACUCCUCGUUACGCGUGUGGGACAUCGAGCGGGGGAUGCAGAAGCAUGUGCUCGUCGGUCACACCUCGAGUGUCCGGGCCAUCGAGGUCCAUGGCAACCGGGCCGUCAGUGGCAGUUAUGAUACUACCUGUCGGUUGUGGGACGUAGACUCGGGAGAAUGUCUGAAAGUCUUACGAGGCCAUUACCACCAGAUCUAUGCGGUCGCAUUUGACGGGAUCCGGAUCGCGUCGGGCUCGAUGGACUCGACGGUCUGCAUAUGGUCGGCGAGCACGGGCGAAUUGAUGGCGUUGUUGCAAGGCCAUACGGCCUUGGUAGGUCAAGUGCAGAUCAAUGGACAGUCCAACGUGCUCGUCACCGGCGGCUCCGAUGGGAGGGUGGUCAUCUUCUCCCUCGACUCCUUCGAAUGUCUCCAUCGUCUAUGCGCCCAUGAUAACUCAGUCACCUGUCUGCAAUUCGAUGAUCGCUUCGUCGUCACCGGUGGCAAUGAUGGAAGAGUCAAACUUUGGGACUUCAAGACUGGUAGCUUUAUUCGUGAAUUAGCUGAGCCGUGUGAAGCCGUCUGGAGAAUCACGCUUCGCGAUGAUAAGGCGGUCUUGUUUUGUAAGCGUGAAGGCAAAACGGUGAUGGAAGUGAUUUCGUUUAGACCUUCUUUGGAUUAGUUCUUUCGUUCUUACUCCUUUCCACACUCACUCGCCUAUCCUUUUUCUUCUUCUUCUUUUUUUGGAUUAAGAUUAAGCUUCACACUUCUUUAUAUCUUAACACUCUUUCUUUAUCUUUUCCUCUCACUCUCACCCACUCUCUCUCUCUCUCAUCCACAUUUCCUUUCUUUUUUUCUUUUAGUUUCAUUAAAAGAAUCAGAAACAAAAGCAAAUCCAUUGCUUUUUUUACUCAUCACACUUGGCUAUAGUAUCCCCUUGUAACCUCUUUCAUACUUCCCCCUUUUCCUCUCAAUGAUUUAUUGUAUGUACACAAACCAACAAACCAACAACCAAACCCCCCCAAAAAAAACACAAUCUUUUCUUCUCUCUCUCUUCCCACCUCUUUCCCAUCCUCUCUCAAACUUUCUCCUUCUCUUUCCAUCUCCCUCUCUACCUCUUUGAAUUAUCUCUCUCCAUCAACUUCUUUUAUUCUUUUUUUUUAUCUACAUAAACACUUCACUCAAUCUCAUCCUCUCUUUCUCUCCCUCACUUUCUUUCUCUCACAACUCUCUUUUUCUUUUCCUCUCAGGUUCCCUUAUCAAUGUCUGAUGUUCUAUCUUCUCUAAAACAUGGGGUCUAUUUACGUAAUUUGUUACAUGUUUAAGUUUUCAUCCUCUUUCUCUCUGAGUCUCAUUGAUCAUUCAGUUUCAGUUUCUCUUUUCUUUUUCUUUUUUUUGUAGUUGUUGUGACCUUUAAUAUUAUGUUUUAAUUUAAUAAUGUAAUAUUCUAGUUUGCUAUUUUUUUUGUUCAUUCAGAUGAUUUUAUUUUUGAAUUUCUU